CUCAUCCGUCCAGCGGUUCCUUUGUUGAAAUUUGAGAUAAACACUGUCCGGAUUCUGUUAUAUUUUUGUGCUACACACGAUGGUUCGGAAGGAUCCCAUUUUCGAAGCUCGUACCAAUGUCAAAUUACACUCAAAUCGCCUGAAAAAGGAAGCCGCUCGCGCAGAGGCGACAUUCAAAUCCGAGAAAGCGAAAGCUGAUAAAGCAAUGAAGAACCGUGAAUUUCAGAUAGCCCGGAUUCACGCCUCCUCCGCCGUGCGCGAGAAACGACGACAGGUCACUUUAAAAGCGGAAGCGGCUCGUGCAGAUGUCAUCAUAAAUGAGUUGAAGGCCGCUCAGAGUACUCGCGACACAUCGCGUACUCUUGCACUGGCAUCACGUGGCUUAGAUGCCGCAUCCAAGAGUGUAAAUCUCGAGACUCUAGUAUCGCACGCAAACAACUUUCUUGCUCGCUCUGAGGACUUCAAGAUUGCCAGCAAUGCUAUUGAAGAUGUGGCUCAAGGCGUCUCGAUGCAAGAGUACGGGGCGGAGGGUGAAGCGGAUGUUGAUCGUCUAAUGGAGCAGCUCGCCGAUGAUGCGGGUGUAGAUUUGCGACUUGCUUUGGAGCAGGAUUCUGCGCCAAAGGAGGAUGUCAAGGAACAGACGAAGGUUGAUGCAGAUGUCGAAGAUGGCCUGGGUGCCAGGUUGCGAGCCCUACGGGCCGCAAACUGAUAAAUGAUAUUUUUUUCUUUGGCCAGUUGGUUUUGAGCUAUUUGUCGUAUGAUGCUGGGUAUCCUUAGGCGUCUUAUGGAGAAGUAUGCAAUGAUUCUGGGUUUAAUCAAUCAUAAGCUGUUUUGUAUAU